GCUAUUCUUUUUUGGCUUGUGGUGUGUGUGUGUUUCGCCGAUAUUGUCUUUAUUUCUGUUAUCUUUUUUGUAUUCCUGAAUUUGGUCAAAUUUUUCAAAAAAACAUUUUUUACUUAAUGAUCAUUGUCAUUCGAUAAUUCUGAUCCGGUUUGUCUGUCAUUGUAAUGUGUUGUCAUAUUCAAUAAUCAUCGUUGUUGUUGUCAUCGAAAAAAAAAAAUCCAAAAUCAAUCAUGUCUCAAUCAUCAAUUUCAAUCGAUAAAGAUGCAUUUUUUCGCCGUAUUCGUUUACUGUAUAAUGCAUGGAAGAAUGGACACGAUGAAGAAUUAUAUACAAAUCUUAUGAAAUGUGAUGCAAUUAUGGUUGCCAUCGGUUUAGAGAAUGAAGUUUUGUAUUGUAAAUCAUCAGCAAUACAAACAUGGUUAUUUGGUUAUGAAAUGACCGAUGUUAUUAUGGUAUUUUGUAAACGUAAUCUAUUUAUACUGGCAUCAAAAAAGAAGGUAGAUUUUUUGAAAACAAUUGAAUCGGGUAAAGAAAAUGAAUCCGAAUCAUUACCAUCAAUAACAUUAUUAGUACGUGAUAAAACCGAUAAAGAUAGUUCAAAUUUUGAUAAAUUAUUAUCGGCUAUUGAAAAUUCUGGUACGGGAAAAAAUUUAGGUGCAUUCAUCAAGGAUAAAUUCCCCGGUGAAUUUACUGUUGAAUGGCAAAAACGUUUAGAUGGAAAAAAAUUCAAUGUUAUUGAUAUAAGUAUACCGAUUGCUUAUCUAAUGGCAGCAAAAGAUGAUUAUGAAAUAAAUCUAAUGACAAAAUCAUCAAUGUUAACAUGUGAAUUAUAUACAAAAUAUUUGAAAGAAGAACUGACACGUAUUAUUGAUGAAGAUCGUAAAGUACGACAUAUAAAAUUGACCGAAGGUGUUGAACAAGCAUCACAGAAUAAAAAAUAUAUAAAAAAUAUUGAUACAACACAAGUUGAAUUAUGUUAUCCGGCCAUCAUACAAAGUGGUGGACAAUAUAAUCUAAAAUUUUCCGCAUCAAGUGAUAAGAAUAUUUUACAUUUUGGUACAAUAACCUGUUCACUUGGUUUACGUUAUCGACAAUAUUGUUCAAAUAUUGUACGAACAUUAUUGGUUAAUCCAACGGAUGAACAGAAAAAACAUUAUGAAUUUUUAUUGACCGUACAGGAAGCUAUUUUAGAACGUUUAAGACCAGGAACCAUACUAUCGGAUGUUUAUCAAAUGGCCACAGAUAUGGUUGCAAAAUAUGAUCGAAAAUUAGUUGAAAAAUUUACUAGAAAUUGUGGUUUUAUAAUGGGUAUUGAAUUUCGUGAAAGUUCCUUGCAAAUUGCACCAAAAUCAUCAGCUAUUGUUAAACGUGGUAUGACAUUUAAUGUUAGUCUUGGAUUUGCUAAUCUUGAAAAUCAUGAAGCACAAGAUGAACAGAAUAAAAUCUAUGCAUUAUUCAUUGGUGAUACUGUUUUGGUUAAAGAUGAUAAACAAUCGGCAAUAAUAUUGACACAAAGUAAAAAGAAAUUAAAAAAUAUUGCCAUUAUAAUUCGUGAUGAUGAUGAUGAAGAAGAAGAAGAGGAAGAACAAGAUGAUAAAAUGGAUGAUGUUGUUAAAGAUGCUCUACAAUCACGUGGUGGUAGACGUACAGCUGUUAUUGAUACAAAACUUAGAUCGGAAGCAACCGAUGUUGAAAAACGUCGUCAACAUCAACGUGAAUUAGCUGUAUCGUUGAAUGAAGAAGCACGUGCACGUUUAGCACAAAAAUCCGGUCAUAAAGGUGAAGAACGUGCUAGAAAAUCAACCAUUUCAUAUCGUUCAACACAACAAAUGCCACAAGAACGUGAAAUACAAGAAUUGAAAAUUUAUGUUGAUAAACGUUUUGAAACAAUAAUUUUACCAAUAUUUGGUAUCCCGGUACCAUUUCAUAUAUCGACAAUAAAAAAUAUAUCACAAUCAAUUGAAGGUGAUUAUACUUAUUUACGUAUAAAUUUUUUUACACCUGGUACAACAAUAACCAAACAAGAAUCAUCAAUGUUUGCAUCGAAUGCAAAUCAAACAUUUUUAAAAGAAUUAACUUAUCGUUCAACUAACCUGAAAGAAGCGGGUGAAAUUUCAGCACCAUCAUCAAACCUGAAUACGGCAUUUCGUUUGAUUAAAGAAGUGCAGAAAAAAUUUAAAACACGUGAAGCAGAAGAACGUGAAAUGGAAGGUAUUGUUAAACAAGAUCAAUUGAUACUAUCGAAUUCGAAAACCAAUCCACGGCUAAAAGAUUUAUAUAUAAAACCAAAUAUUAUUGCUAAACGUAUACAUGGUACAUUGGAAGCACAUCAAAAUGGUUUUCGUUUCACUUCGAUACGUGGUGAUAAAAUUGAUAUUAUGUAUAAUAAUAUUAAACAUGCUUUUUUCCAACCAUGUGAUGGUGAAAUGUUAAUUUUGUUACAUUUUCAUUUAAAGAAUCCAAUAAUGUUUGGUAAGAAAAAACAGACCGAUGUUCAAUUUUAUACGGAAGUUGGUGAAAUAACAACCGAUCUGGGUAAACAUCAACAUAUGCAUGAUCGUGAUGAUUUAGCAGCCGAACAAGCUGAAAGAGAAAUGAGACAAAAAUUGAAAAGUGCAUUUCAAUUAUUUUGCGAUAAAGUUGAAGCAAUGACCAAACAAGAAGUUGAUUUUGAUGUACCAUUUAGAGAUCUUGGUUUUUAUGGUGUACCAAAUCGAUCGAAUGUUUUAUUACAGCCAACAUCUGGUUGUUUGGUUAAUCUUACCGAUUGGCCACCAUUCGUCAUAUCACUUGAAGAUAUUGAAUUAGUACAUUUUGAACGUGUACAAUUUCAUUUGAAAAACUUUGAUAUGGUUUUUGUAUUUAAAGAUUAUUUUCGUAAAGUAGCAACAGUAAAUUCAAUACCGAUGAACAUGUUGGAUCAUGUAAAAGAAUGGCUUAAUUCAUGUGAUAUACGUUAUACUGAAGGUAUACAAAGCUUGAAUUGGGCAAAAAUUAUGAAAACAAUUACGGAUGAUCCGGAAGAUUUUUUCGAUAAUGGUGGUUGGUCAUUUUUGGAUGCGAACGAUAGUGAUGAAGGUGAAGGUGAUGAAGAACUUGAUGAAGAAGAUGAAGUUUAUGAUCCAUCAGCAUCUGAAUUUGAUGAUAAUGAAGAAUCAGAAUCCGAAUAUUCGGAUGAAUCAAUAUCGGAAGAUGAUUCUAGUGAUGAACGUUCACUUAGUUCAAGUGAAGAAUCCGGUAAAGAUUGGUCAGAAUUGGAAGAAGAAGCAGCAAAAGCUGAUCGUAAUCUUGGUGAAUUUGUUGAUGAUUAUACGGCUAAAAAACGUAAAGUAAUGAGUAAAGGUAGCAGUGGCGGUAAAUCAGAAAAAUCAUCAUCAAAUCAUCAUCGUCCACAUCAUAAUAACAAUCAUCAUCAUUCAAAUUCAUUGAAACGUCGAUCAGAUGAUCAUCAUCAUUCGAAACAUUCAUCAUCAAAUUCACAUCCUAAUAGUAAUAAAAAACGAAAACAUUGAACAAAAAAAUAGAUUAUUAUUGGAUUAAGAUUAAGUAAACAUACGAUAUACAUACUUACUUAUACUCAAACUAAAAAGAAAAAAUGUC